AUGGAGACUGUCACCUAUAAGUACAUGAAGAAAGCUGUCGGAGCUAACAAAAGUGCAGGAAUCAUGCCUCAAAACCAUAAAGCACGAGCAUCACAUUCUGAGAAACUUCAGGGAAACAUUGCAAAAGACUACGAGCUUUUUAAGUGGAAAGUAACUUUGGCAAUCAUAUUUGUUGUGGUUCUUUCUUACUUGUUCCCAUGGAGAGUGAUAGAUUCGAUUGGGAAUUUCCUCUUGGUUUGGUAUUACUGCACGCUUACUAUCCGUGAAAAUAUUCUCAGGAUUAAUGGAUCCCGAAUCAAAGGAUGGUGGGUGGCACAUCAUUACUUGUCGUGCGUACUUUGCGGUAUUGUGCUAACGUGGAGAGACGGAGAAUGCUAUCAAUUAUUCCGUCCUCAGUUUCUUCUGUUCGUAUUCUACAUAGCAUUUCUACAGCUUCUCCAGUCCCAGUAUCAAUCUGGCUGUCUCAGACGGCUUCAUGCCCUUGGCCAAGGUCACCAGAUGGAUAUUACCGUCGAAGGGUUCAAGAGCUUCAUGUUCAAAGGGCUUACUUUCCUCCUCCCAUUUUUGGUGGCUGGAUAUUUCUUCCAACUCUACAACGCAUAUACUUUGUGGUACUUGUCCUAUGACUGUGAAGGACAGUGGCAGGUAUUUGCGCUCUGCUGUAUGUUCUUUAUUUUGGCUGUUGGUAACAUCACGACGACGAGUAUGGUGAUCUUGAAGAAGUUGCGUACGUCAAGCUCCUACAACUACAUUGUGGGACUGACCACAAAAUAUCGCCCAGGUGAAACCGAGAAGGAGGAGUAA